AUGUGGAAAAUAAGGCAGACUGCGGAGGAGCGUGAGGCGGAGCGGCAGCAGGCGAACCGGCUGAUGCUGCAGCUGCAGCAGGAGGCUUUCCAGAAAACGCUGAGUCAGCCGCUGCAGCCCGACCCGCUCUGCCUGCACAACUCCUCCCUCUACGCGCUGCAGAACCUGCAGCCCUGGGCCGAGGACAGCAAGGUGCCCGCCCUCACCCCCCCGGCCUCCCUGCUGUGA